AAUCAAGACAAAAGAAGUCAGAGAAUAAGGAAACAUUAGGGGAUUCCCUGGCGGCCCAGCGGCUGAGAACCUGCCUCGCAAUACAGCGGACACCAGUUCAGUCCAAGAAGAUUCCACGCGCCUCAGAGCAACUAAGCUCCUGUGCUAGUGCAGUCAUGGAUAAAUAAAUAAAAUAAAAUAUAAUAAAAAAAGAAUUUGGAAACUGAAAACUUAUCACAGUAUUUCAAGUAUUUAAUACAGAUCUAUUACUGGGUACCUGAUCUUCGCAUUCCAGUCAAACUGAGUUUGUAGGACUCUUUGAAGAUCUUUGAACAGACUUUUGCAUCUGCUGUGCCUUCCCUUUUUGAUGUUCUUCCCAAAGUGUUUACAGGACAUGGUCCUUUCCUUUCUUUAGGUCUCUGCCCAAAUGUCACUCAAGAGGGCACCCUAUCCAAAGCAGCACCUGCAUCCAUUCCAACUGUAUCACUCUGUAUCUCCUUAACAUGUUUUUUUUCUUCCCACAGCAUUAUCUGACAUUAUGUACUUGUCUAUAUUUUUGGAAUCACAGGUACCAUCAAAAACAAAAUACUUCAUUUGUCCUGGCCCUGUGGCAUUGUUGAGGGUCUUCACAUACACCCCCAUAUAAGCUCCUAGUUUUAUCCUGAAUUGAAAAUUUUCUAUAGAAUCCAUAAUUCCUGAUAUAGUCUCACAGUUCCACCUCUCUUUUAGAACUUUCAACACAGAUGUCCACUUGACAAAAAUAUUUGUCCUGGCUGAAGUACUCACAGAAAAGUUAUAAACCUUUUUUCUUAUUACUAUCAAAAGAUUUGGGGCAAAAAAGGUUGGGGGGAGAUUCCCUGGCAGUCCAGUGGUUAGGACUUGGUGCUCUCACUGCAGGGGCCCAGGUUCAACCUCUGGUUAGGGAAUUAUGAUCCCACAAGCCCAUUGGUGCAACCAAAAAAAGAUUUGGCAAAAUUAUCUGUAUCACAUAGAGAAAAGGAAACACUGAACUGGACAUUCCAUUCUUGAAUUUAUAUAUAAUCUCUGUUUUCUGGUUAAAAGCUAUCACUUUCAUUACCAGGGCUAGGAAUUUUUAAGGAAGUUUUCAUAAAGAAGCAAAAAUUUUCUCAUAUCCCAAAAGAUACUAGACCUACAACAGAGAAAAGGAAACAAAGUUAUACGGAAGGUGUGGGUGACUGAUUGGUCAGACUUCUUGCUAACUGACUCAGAAGCAUCCAUCAAACUUGUAUUCACUAGGGCUUUAUUUCAUGCUUCAAUAAAAUUACAAAUUAAGAAUGUUGAUAUACAAGAUUUAGGGUUUUUAAUGAAUGAUCAAAACAGCAUAUUGCCACUAGACAAAUCUGGGACAGUAUAAACACCAAAAUAAUUUAGUAAGGAAUUAGAAAAAUUUAAAAAACAAAACAAAAACAGGAAUUCAUAAGAAUGAAAUCAGAAUACUCCCUAACACCAUACACAAAAAUAAACUCAAAAUGGAUUAAAGACCUAAAUGUUAAGACCAAUCACAAAAGGGGAAACACAGCAAGAACUCUCUGACAUAAAUCAUAUCAAGAUCUUUUUUGAUCCACCUCCUGGAAUAAUUAAAGUAAGAAAAAAAAAUAAACAAAUGGGACCUAAUUAAACUUAAAAAGCUUUUGCACAGCAAAGACAACCAUAAAUGAGACGAAAAGACAACCCUCAGGAGAAAAUAUUUGCAAACAAAGCAACUGACAUGGGAUUAAUCUCCAAAAUAUACAAACAGCUCAUGAAGCUCAAUAUUAAAUUAAAAAACCACCCAAUCAAAAAUGGGCAGAAGACCUAAAUAGACAUUUCUCCAAAGAAUAUAUACAGAUGGCCAAGAGACACAUGAAAAGAUGCUCAGUAUCACUAAUUAUUAGAGAAAUGCAGAACAAAACUACAAUGAGGUAUCACCUCACACUGGUCAGAAUAGUCAUCAUCAAAAAAAUCUCUAAGCAUCAAAUGUCGACUCUUUGAGGAAGACAUGGCUGCCACUGCAGCAGAGCCCUUGCCACCUGCCCCUGCUCAUGAUUCACCACUGUUUGCUCUUGUGGACGAACCAGUCGCUCAGGAAGCUGCACCACAGCCAUGGCCUUUAAAGGCACCAGCAAGAUUCCUGUGGAGCCAGAGGUGGCCAUUCACUGGAUUAGGAUUACCCUCACCAGUCGCAGCCUGAAGUCUCUAGAGAAGGAAUGUGCCUACCUGAUCAGAGGUGUGAAGGAAAAGAAUCUCAGAGUGAAAAGACCUCUUCGGAUGCCUACCAAGACUCUGAGAAUAACUACAAGGAAAACUCCUUGUGGUGAAGGUUCUAAGACUUGGGAUCAAUUCCAGACAAGGAUCCACAAGCGACUCACUGACCUGCACAGUCCCUGUGAGAUUGUCAAGAAGAUCACUUCCGUUAGUAUUGAGCCAAGAGUCAAGGUGGAAGUCACCACUGCUGAUGCCUAAAUCAAACUUUUUAAUAAACUGAUAAUCAGUUGUUAAAAAUAAAUAAAUACAUAAAUGCUGGAGAGGGUGUGGACAAAAGGGAACCCUCUUGCACUACUGGUGGGAAUGUAAAUUCAUACAACCACUAUGCAGAACAGUAUGGACAGUCCUUAAAAAAACUAAAAACAGAACUACCAUAUGACCCAGCAAUCCCAUUCCUGGGCAUAUAUCCUGAGAAAACCAUAAUUCAAAAAGACCCAAAGUUCAUUGCAGCACAGUUUACAAUAGUCAGGACAUGGAAGCAACCUAAAUGUCCACUGACAAAUGAAUAAAGAUGUAGUACGUAUAUACAAUGGAGUACUAUUCAGCCAUAAAAAAAGAAUGAAAUCAGGUCAUCUGUAGGGAUAUGGAUGGACCUAGCAUCUGUCAUACAGACUGAAGUAAAUCAGAAGGAAAAAAAUAAAUAUCAUAUACUAAUGAAGGUAUGUGGAAUCUAGAAAAACGGUACAGAUGCUAUAUGCAGGGCAGGAGCAGAGAUGCAGACAUAGGGAAAGGACAUGUGGACAUGGCGGGGAGGGGCAGCUGGGAUGAACUGGGAGACUGGGACUGCAUGCGUGCACUACCGUGUACAAAAGAGACACCUCGUGGGAACCUACAGAGUAGCACCGGGAGCUCAGCUCAGUACUCUGUGGUGACCGAGAGGGCUGGGCCGGGGUGCGGAGAGGCCUGAGAGGAAGUGGAGAUACACACACACACACACAUAUAGCUGGUUCACUUUGUUGUAUGGCAGAAACUAACAACAGUGUAAAGCAAUUAUACCCCAAUAAAAAAAUAAAUUUAAAAUGAUAAAUAAGAUUUAAUGAAUCCAUACUGAUAAAUGGAUAAAUAAAUGGAAUAGAAAUGAGAAUGGCCUAAAAUAAAAUACCAAAAGCUAGCUGGAAAAUACGGAGCAAACAGAGAUGGAAAACCAUUAUUUUGCAACCAACAUGAUAAAGAUGGAACUAGGCAACUCUCCUCAAUGCUCUGUAGAGACCUAAAUGGGAAGGAAAUCCAAAAAAGAGGGGACAUAUGUAUAUAUAUAUAGCUGAUUCACUUUGCUGUACAACAGGAACUAACACAAUGCUAUAAAGCAACUUUAUACUCCAAUUUAUACUCCAAUAAACACUAAUUUUAAAAAGAUAACCAGUAAGACUGAAAAAAUUAAAACAUAAAUAAAAACUAAGAUAAAUAAUUUUUAAAAAUAGGAUCAAGCAAAAAACAUCAAUGGAUAAGGGAUGUUAAGUUUAAAGUGAAAUUUUGACAAGGCACAAGAUAUAUGUAUUAUCUUAAAGUGUCUCCCCACAGACUGCUUAUUAGUUGCAGGGGAAUAAAACAGUAAUUUUGGGGCAACAUUUUCUAACAGUGUGAUCAAAAUUAACAUAACCUAUGUGCUAUCAGGUGUUACUCCCCCAAAAAGGACACAACAGCACCUAUACAAUAUUCCAGUGAGCGAUACAUAACUUUAGUCUAAUCUUGCGAAAACAUCGGACAAAUACAAUGUUCCUCAUUUUGUAUUGCUUCCCUGGUGGCGCAGACGGUAAAGAAUCCGUCUACAAUGUGGGAGACCUGGGUUCCAUCCCUGGGUUGGGAAGAUCCCCUGGAAGAGGGCCUGGCAACCCACUCCAGUACCCAAUACAAAAUGAGGACAUUCUAUUCAAAAAAGGAAGAGGAGGAAACAUAUUCUUCAAAACUGUCAGUGUCAUAAAAGAGAAAUAUUGUGGAAACAUUCCAAAUUAAAGGAAGUUAAAAAACAUAUGGCACUGACAGCACAAAUAAUUGUUUUAACCAUUUCUCAUUUAUUACUUGAGGGAGUAAGAAGACACUAAAAGUAUCUUUUAGUAACAAAUAUUUAUAAUAUAUAUAUAGUAAAUAGUAACAAAAAUUUAAAUGUUUUGUUCACAGACAUUCUCAGUUACUGGUAACACAAAGGAACACA